CAUGUGGACUCACUCCGUGUCGCGAACUGGACCGGCACGGACCUCACUAUGAGCGCGCCGGCUCCACCCGUCCUGCGCGGAGAUGCCACCCUUGUGGGGCAGAAUUUGUUAGAUGUUGUUAAAGCGGUGCGGGGAGAGGCUCCCCUCCUGGAGGAGGCUCUCCUUGCUAGAUUCGAAGCCGACGUGCCGCCCCGAAGCCUCAGCGACGACGAGCUGGCGGAGCGGCUGGAGACCCUCACGGGAGAGAACUCCGGUUUCCUCCUAGACAUGACGGGAAAGGACCUCAAGGCACACGAGACGAUCGUCCGCUUGGCGCACUUCUUGAUCAUGGCAGCCAACGAUGCCGCGGCACCCAGGCAGCCGAUCCGAUCAUCCAAGGCCGGCAAAACCGCAGCCCAGGCGGUCGCAAACCUCCUGGACCCCACCGACGAACCGCCCCGAGAGACCCGACGCCACCAGUUCGUCCGGCCUCCCUCCGCCAGCCCAAAAGGCAAAGCCAGUCCCACUGGAGGAGGACUCAAGCUCCGGUAGCGAGAGCGAUCUCGAGGAGAUGCGAGAGCUGGACAAGGCGAAGGAGGCGUGCCUGGACCCCCUCAUUCACCGCUACCCCGCAAAACUCCACGGGCCACUGCUGCGCCUGCAGGAGAAAGCCAUCCGGGUCGGGGCCCAAAGGAGCGUGGUUGAGCGCUAUAAGAACUUAGCGAAUUUCGUCCUCGAAAACCCCUCGAAGACAAACAUGUGGUAGCUGGUGGCCGUAGGGGCAGUCAGACUAGUUCACAAGGUCUUUCUACUUCUGGCGGUUUUCGGCCAGAUGUGCA